ACUUUUUUCAGCGUUGAAUCAAAAAACUUUCUCCCGUCUUCAGGUAAUAUUUGAACAAAUUGCUUACUAGUACUAUGGGAUCCGUUGUUGAUGCUGCAAACAAGGAGAUUAAUGGAACAGCAAGUGGGAAGAAACCCACUGUUAUUUUUGUCCUUGGUGGUCCAGGAAGUGGGAAAGGUACACAGUGUGCCUAUAUUGUUGAGCAUUAUGGUUAUACACAUCUAAGUGCUGGAGACCUUCUUAGAGCUGAAAUUAAAUCAGGUUCUGAAAAUGGAACUAUGAUCCAGAAUAUGAUUAAAGAGGGGAAGAUUGUACCUUCUGAGGUUACAAUCAAGCUUCUCCAGACAGCAAUUCAGGAUAACGGGAAUGACAAGUUUCUCAUUGAUGGUUUCCCUCGCAAUGAGGAGAACAGAGCAGCUUUUGAAAAAGUUACUGGGAUUGAACCCAAGUUUGUCUUGUUCUUUGAUUGUCCUGAGGAAGAAAUGGAGAGGCGUCUCUUGGGAAGAAACCAGGGGAGAGAGGAUGACAAUAUCGAGACUAUAAGGAAGCGUUUCAAGGUGUUUCUUGAAUCUAGCUUACCAGUGAUUCAAUACUAUGAAGCCAGAGGGAAAGUUCGCAAGAUUCAUGCCGCAAAGCCCAUUGAAGAAGUGUUUCAGGAGGUGAAGGCAGUCUUUUCUCCUGAAGCUGAGAAGGUUGAAGCCUAGGCAGCAGCAUCGUGAAGAGAUACUACAUUGAUCAGGUAGCUGGGCGGUUCAUUUUUACAAGGAAGUCUCUGCUUGGUUGUAUUUUUCUUCUUCUAUGUAACCAAUAUGAUUACUGUUAUAAUUAUUAUACACCUUUACCUAUUAUGUAAUUUUUGUUUUGAUUUUGUAUUUGAUGGGAUUUUGUGAUUGGUUUUUGUAAUUUCAUAAUUUUGAACUCAUUGGAUUAUAUUAAUCCUUUUUAUAGAUUAAUGAAAUAUGUGUGUUAUGG